CAGGCAGUGUAUCAUUCGUCUCUUCGUUGCAGACGCGGCAUCUCUUUCAGUCAUGAAGGUCUCCGUAGCCAUCGUCGUCUGCAUGGUCGCCGUCCUCAUCAUGCCGCAAGUCGGCGAAGCCAAGCUGGGCCUCGCCUUGGCGCCCUUCGUGUGGGCGGCGAACCUGGCCAAGGAUGCGGCGCUGACUCUGGUUGCCUACAAGCUGUCUCUGGCCACCAAAGCGCUCACGAUGGUCACCGGUAAACAUUCCACCCGGGCCGCCAUCUCCUAUGAUUCUCAGCUCAAGCGAUACUAUGAUGCCGAAGCGGCCGUUGAGGACGGCGCAGACCGGAGCCGUCUGAAGAGUGCCGCGUCCGUUACGGCUUCUCCGAAUGUUGUCCGUGGCACAGAUGAGUGGCUGGCCAGAGUGACCAAGCCAGUGAUCCAGUUUUCCACGCUACCGCCGAUGCCCGAGGUUGCAGUUCCUGAAAUGCCAAAGAUUGCGGUGCCCAAACUGGCUGUCCCUAAGAUUGUCUUGACCAAGGUUGCUAUUCCCCACGUCGUGCAGUCGAAGGCUGAGUUGCUGGGCAAGAAGUUCAACAAGCUGGCGAGCAAGUCUCCCGCUGUUCUCGGAGGACCGAAAUACGCCGACGGCUACAUUAAUGGCGGAUUCCGCAUCGGCAGCUCAACUGACCCAUUCGGUGACUCCAAGCUUAGUUCCGGUACCCAGACCACGCCAAUCUCCCCCGUUGAUCCCCGAUUUGUCACCAUCCUGUACAGAUCCGGGAAGGUCGAGCAAAAUGAGACCAUCGAUGAGGCACCCAUCCACAACAGCCGUCCAGUCCGCUCCGUCGACGCCGGUGGGACGGGCCGGUACUUCCGGUUCAUUCAGUCCAACGACGCAGGGCGCUGCAUCGCGCUGAUGGUGUGCUCAAUGGCCGCGCAUCCGCAGGAGUUCGGUGCGUAUGGGCGCGAGGUCGUCCGAUUCUUCGACGAUGCCGAGCCUUCAGCAUUGUCCCCCAUGAGGCCCUACAAGGAAGCAUCGAGGAUUGGCCGCAGUGGUGAUUCCUGCCGGUCGCGGUAUCCUUCUUGCCAGGUGGAUCCCAAGUACCUGGCCCAGCUCGGUGAAUCCCAUGUCGUGUACACGUAGAGUGCAGCUAGCCCGGUGUCGCCGCCUUCGUCCAUGUAUAUAUUUCAGCCUCAUGUACAUAAAUACUUCGCCAUAGCUCCCCGAUUGCGUAUUUUGUGAGGUACAAAGUUGUAAAUAUUGUAAAUAAAACUUUAUUUAUAUUUA